AACAGCAACGAAUACCAAAAAGAGUGUUUACUUCAUUGCAUCAAACUUUGUGAGAACAACUAGAGGUUGGAAAUUAAGAAAUGGCGUCGGAACAGGAAAAACAAGACCCCCAGAAGAGAAAUGAGCUGGACGAGAAGGCAAGGCGGGGAGAGACCAUCGUGCCCGGUGGUACUGGUGGCCAUAGCCUUGAAGCACAGGAGCACCUUGCUGAAGGGCGGAGCCGUGGAGGGCAGACGAGGAAGGGACAGAUAGGGGAAGAGGGGUACCAUGAGAUGGGAAAGAAGGGCGGGCUGAGCACCACUGACAAGCCCGGAGGAGAGCGUGCUGCUGAGGAAGGCAUCAAGAUUGACGAGUCGAAGUUCAAGACCAAGAAUCGCUGAUCAUGAUUUUGAAGCAGCAUGGGUGGCUCCCAAAACUCCAAACCCUCUUUGGUUUUUGAUGUUUCUUGCUACGUCAGUGUCUGUAACAUAAAGUUAUACCAAGGAACAGUAUUUUGCUUAUUUUUCCCUUGUAGUAGCUAGUGUUACCGAUAGUGUCUUUUUGCAUAAAGUGGUAGCUAGGAACGGUGUUUUGCUUAUUUUGCCCUUGUAGUAGACCACUCUUGUAAUCUCCUUCUUGUUUAAUUUUCCUCAAGUCAUCUGUUAAUGGCAUUUUCCCGUGGUUUCCGUUUCCAUAAUAUGUUUU